AUGCUCGUGGAUGACCACGAGAUCAUGCGCGACGGCCUGCGGGAGGUGCUCCAGCGUGCCGGGGAUUACGAGGUCGUGGGGCAGGCCGGAGACGGCGCGGAGGCGGUGAGGGUCGCUCAGAGUCUCAGGCCCGAUGUGAUCAUCAUGGACGUCAUGAUGCCGCUCAAGAACGGCAUCGACGCCUGCCGGGAGAUCACGGAGGUGCUCCCGGACACGAAGGUGCUGAUGUUGACGGCCGCAUCGGAGGAGGACGCGGUAAUUGAGGCCGUGGCUGCGGGCGCAACCGGCUACCUCGAGAAGUACUCCGGCAAGGAGAAGCUGCUGCGCACCGUCCGCGACGUGGCGGAGGGAGAGCACCGCAUACCGGCGACGUGA